AUGCGAGAGAUACACGCCAAAUCUGUUAGGAUCACGGAGGACGAUGAGCUGGAAGUGGUUAUCACGCAUAUGCUUCAGCUGGUUGCCCUGCAGAACUGUGUCGCGAAUUGCUCACAGCAUGCACUUGGGUGCAUGGUGCGUGCUGUCCACGACAAGCACAUGGACGAUGAGGGCAAUGAAGAGAAAAGGAUAGGCGCAAUGUUGGACCAGCUGCAACGUGAUCGAAAUGACAUGCAGUACAUCCUGUAUGGAGAGUCGCUAUCAAAAUGUGGAUGCGACAAAUGCACUGCAUGCGUGCAGUUCGACAAUGAGUGAGUAUAUAACAAAAUUAAUUAGGGGCAACAAAGCAAAUAUUAAUUAGGGACAAAACAAAAUUAUUGAUCAGGAAGGAAUAAAACAUGAACUAGGAACAAAACAAACUUGAUAGGGAACAAUACAAAAAUGGAUUAGGAACAACUUUUUGGAGUCACGGUUUGAAACAGCUAUAUCGACGGGAUUUUCCAGACAGCAAUGCGCAAUGCUGAGAAUGUUCACGAAUGUGGAGUAUUUACAAAUGACAAUGUAAUGACGUGCUCACCAUCAUAUAUUGUAUUUUCCACAGAUUUUACGAUCAACUGGAAGAGAACGGCAAAGUCUCCGAUGCACAGCCUCCGAGUUUUGAGGAUCGCCCACUACAUUGCAUGGACAACAAGAUGAGGGCUCUGAACGUGAAAUCCAGGUUCGCCGGCUUGAGUUCAUCCUCGCUAGAAAAUGCGUAUUAUUUUGCACAAUCGACCACGACCAUGUCUCCACCCACCAUAUCAACAGCCACACCAACGGCAGUAAUGUAUCACGUCAUAACGAGGCAUGUAGGCCUGGAGUCGUUGCGGGCAGUCCGUCAGAUGGUGUUCGAGGCGAAAGAGGUAUAUAAAUAUAUACAUAAUUCAAGGUUUACUUUAUCUUUACUUGCAAUCUAAAAUGCUACUAAUCUGAUUGGUUGGAAUAAAAACAAUGGAAUGUAAAAUUAACCAAUCAGCUUAAAGCAGUCGUCAAGUAACGGUGACGGAUUGUAAGUAAAGAUAAAGUAAAAGUUGAUAGUAAAAUCAGAAAAACUUUGUAAACCUGGUAUAAAUGCCAAUUAGGUCUAAGCUACAACUGUCUCCAAUUAUUUUCAUAAAGCUUGAAUCAGCUUUAUCAAGAGAAUAAUUAUUCUUAUUACUUCGCAAAUCACACGUAUAAUUAGUUUUAGUUUGAAACAUGUUUAUUAAAGAUAAUGGCAUUUUAUCAUUUCCUAAAAAACUCAUUAAUUCAUGAAGAAAACACAAAAAAGAAAUCACGGGUGUGAAAGAGUUUGCAUCUACGAUACAGAUUCAUGUUGGUUUACAUAAAUCUUAACUUUGAUUUUCUCGGCUAAGGCAAUGCUUGUUUUUAAAAUCAUUUCGCCAAUAGAUGAUUUAUAUUUAUUUAGCAUUGUAUUUAUACACUGCCACUCGCUCAUUUUAUAAAUAGUACUUAUUUUGGGCAUGGAAAUAAUCCUGUUUCUCUUAAAUGUUUGUUUUAGAGGCUUCCAAUUCCAUUCGUUUUUGCAUUGUAUUGUAGUGUAGUGUGGUCAGGAAAUUGUGUUGUACUGACACAAUUCAAGGAAAUUUUCAUAUUAUGACCAUUAAUGUCACUAAACGUCAUAUAUAUUAUGAUCUAAGCAAGACCCAUCAAUAAUAAUAAAUAAUCAAUAGUAUGGUGUAAUGCAUUGCAUUGUGUCAAUUGGAUACUAAGGACAGUUGUCCCAAACCAAAAAUCAAUUUUUGUAAUUAUAAAUCAUCUAUAUGUCUCUUUCCUUCCUUCUAUGUAGAUAUAUCUGGAAUGCGAUGAGGAGAACAUCGACGGAAAGCCCUGUGUGCGUUACAAUCGCUACCAACGUGCCCUCGCACACAUAUGGCUUAAAAACGAGAUGGGUGACUUGGAAAAUCUUGCAAUAAAACUGGCAUCAGCUGGAUACACCAUGUCAUUUUAUGUAACUGGCAUGAACACAAAGAUAGACGCCACCAUGCAGGCGGCAAUGUAAGGUGGGGAUGUUCAAUCUGCCAGAGGUGGUUUUUAUGCAUCCUUUCCGUCCAUGGGAUCUUCAAAAUCAUUGGACUGAUCUGAGCUCCUGCUUUGCUGAGUACAAAGCAUACACACAUCACAAACGCACCAGAACAACCAGACAGCAUGUGGAAAGAGGGUGCAAGUGUCGACAAAGAAUGCCGUGAAACUGAUUAAACUGCCACGUAUCACUUCCGCAUAGUCGAGUAAUCUGCAUUAUAGGAGCCUGUGCUACAAGGCCCCAAGCACAAUAGCUGGAGCAGGUUUUGGUCUCUUCCUUCAACCACACGAUACCAUCCCCCAAGGCACCCACCUAUGCCUGUACGCAAGCAGACAAGCAACAGCCAAAGAACUACAAGCAAGUUCCCGGGAUUACGCCCUUAUGGCCGCCAAUGGAUGUUGGUUUGACGUGGAAGUGGAAAACGGUAAUAAACUCGGGUGA